AUGAUGAUGUGGCAACGAUGCGCAAGGGGUGCGCCACGCUCGUGGACUUCACUCCCGCUCGCCAGAGCUGGUGCCGUAUCAACUGCAAGGCCGAUUCUGCUGCGCUCAUUCGUACGCUUGCCCGCUGGUCGCAGUGGCUGUCGCAGUCUAACAACCACCAAUACGGUGUACCGUGCCGCCUCCGUACGUUCAUUCCAUCUCUCUGCAGCAAGAUCCAAUGAAAACAAGCCAAACGAUACCAAGGACAAGGACAAGGACAACAACAAAAACAAGAAUGAAGAAGACGAUGCCGACCCCAACAAGAAGAAGGAGUUCAACUCGCCAUCCGAGUACUUCAGGUCCAAGGAAUUCAAAAACACAAUGUUUUUGACCAUCGGGUUCACCAUCAUAUUCACCCUACUGACGCCCUCCAAUAACAACUCCGCAGACGAUUCCAACCGCAUCCUCACAUUUCAGGACUUCAAAACAAAAUACCUGGAAAAGGGCCUCGUUUCCAAGAUCUACGUCGUCAACAAGUUCCUCGUGGAGGCCGAGCUGGUCAACACGAAGCAGGUCGUCUCGUUCACCAUCGGCUCCGUAGAUAUCUUUGAAGAACAAAUGGACCAGAUCCAGGACCUUUUGAAUAUCCCUCCCCGCGAUCGAAUCCCCGUCAAGUACAUCGAGAGAUCCUCCCCCUUCGCCGUUCUGUUCCCCUUCCUGCCCACCGUAAUCUUGCUUGGUGGGCUCUACUUCAUAACAAGGAAAAUCAAUAGCUCGCCCCCCAAUGCCAACGGCGGCGCCGGUGGUGGAGGUCUUGGCGGCAUGUUCAAUGUCGGCAAGUCCAGAGCAAAACUUUUCAACAAGGAAACCGACAUAAAGAUAUCCUUCAAGAACGUUGCUGGCUGCGACGAGGCCAAACAGGAAAUCAUGGAGUUCGUCCAUUUCUUGAAGAACCCGGCCAAGUACACCAAACUGGGCGCCAAGAUCCCCCGAGGCGCCAUUCUUUCCGGGCCUCCAGGUACCGGUAAGACCCUCUUGGCCAAGGCCACCGCGGGCGAGGCCAACGUGCCCUUCUUUUCCGUGUCUGGUUCCGAGUUCGUGGAAAUGUUUGUUGGGGUGGGUGCUUCCCGUGUAAGAGACUUGUUCACCCAGGCCAGAUCCAUGUCCCCCUCCAUCAUCUUCAUAGACGAAAUCGACGCUAUCGGUAAAGAAAGAGGCAAAGGUGGCGCUCUUGGUGGCGCCAACGACGAAAGGGAAGCCACUUUGAACCAGUUGCUGGUGGAAAUGGACGGGUUCACCACUUCCGACCAAGUCGUUGUUCUUGCCGGUACAAAUAGACCCGACGUGCUGGAUAACGCCCUGAUGAGGCCGGGGAGAUUCGACAGACAUAUUCAAAUCGACUCACCCGACGUUAAUGGCAGACAACAAAUCUAUUUGGUUCACUUGAGAAAACUGAAUCUGGAUCCUCUUCUCAAAGACGAUAUGGACAAUCUUUCCGGGAAACUGGCUACAUUGACCCCAGGUUUCACCGGUGCAGACAUCGCUAAUGCUUGCAACGAGGCGGCUUUAAUUGCUGCCAGACACAACGACCAAUACAUUACCAUUUACCAUUUUGAACAAGCCAUUGAAAGAGUCAUUGCUGGGCUCGAAAAAAAGACAAGAGUUCUUUCCAAAGAGGAAAAAAGAUCCGUGGCUUAUCACGAAGCCGGCCAUGCUGUUUGUGGUUGGUUUUUGAAAUACGCUGAUCCACUUUUGAAAGUAAGCAUCAUCCCACGUGGCCAAGGUGCUCUGGGUUACGCUCAAUACUUGCCGGCAGACCAAUAUUUGAUAUCCAAGGACCAAUUCAAACACAGGAUGAUCAUGGCCCUUGGUGGUCGUGUCUCUGAAGAAUUGCACUUCCCCUCCGUGACUAGCGGUGCUCAUGAUGAUUUCAAAAAAGUAACUCAAAUGGCAAAUGCAAUGGUCACGUCUUUAGGCAUGUCGCCCAAGAUCGGCUAUUUAUCAUUCGACCAAAAUGACGGGAAUUUCAAAGUCAACAAACCCUUCAGCAAUAAAACGGCAAGAACCAUCGAUUUGGAAGUUAAGUCCAUUGUGGAUGAUGCUCAUCAAGCUUGUAAAGAAUUGCUAACCAAGAACCUGGACAAAGUCGACCUUGUCGCCAAAGAGCUGCUGCGUAAAGAAGCCAUUACCAGAGAAGAUAUGAUUAGAUUAUUAGGUCCAAGACCAUUCAAAGAGAGAAAUGAAGCUUUUGAAAAAUACCUGGAUCCAAAGAAAACUGAACCUCCAGUGGCACCUGCACCAACGAACUAA